UGGGAACGGCGGAGACUUCCGCUUCCUGCGUAGCCAUCUUGGCCUUCUUCCUGAGGGAGGGUUCGGUGUUCUGCAGCGAUGAGGCCCAUCCCGGCGGCGGCCCGGUGCCUCUCGAGGAGAUGGUAUUCUCUCAAAGUUGCACCAAAAGCACAAGCUUCUGCGACAGCAGAACGAGCGAAAAUACAGCUGCACCCUCAAGAGCUUGAGAUCACAAAACUGCCAAAUGGUUUGGUGAUUGCUUCUUUGGAAAAUCAUUCUCCAAAUUCAAGAAUUGGUGUCUUCAUCAAAGCAGGCAGCAGAUAUGAGUCUAGCACCAAUUUGGGUACCGCUCAUCUGCUCCGUCUUGCAUCAAACCUGACUACAAAAGGAGCCUCUUCCUUCAGGAUAACCCGUGGCAUUGAAGCUGUUGGCGGUAGCCUAAGUGUGACUUCUACUAGAGAGAACAUGGUUUAUUCGGUUGAAUGUUUGCGUGACUAUAUAGAUACUGUCCUGGAAUAUCUAAUAAAUGUUACUACGGCUCCAGAAUUCAGGCGCUGGGAAGUAGCUGGUGUGAAUCCCCGCUUAAGAAUUGAUAAGGCAAUUGCCUUUCAAAACCCGCAAGUUGGUGUCCUUGAAAAUUUGCAUGCAGCAGCUUAUCGAAACGCCCUUUCCAAUUCCUUAUACUGUCCAGACUAUAUGGUUGGGAAGAUUACAUCAGAACAGCUGCACCAGUUUGUACAGAACAACUUUACAAGUGCCCGAAUGGCUCUGGUGGGACUAGGUGUCAGCCACUCUGACCUGAAACAAGUGGGAGAACAGUUUUUAAAUAUUCGCAGUGGUGCUGGCUUAGCUGGUGAGAAGGCCCAGUAUCGUGGAGGUGAAAUCCGAGAGCAGAAUGGCGAGAGUCUUGUUCACGCUGCUGUUGUAGCAGAAGGAGCUGCUACAGGAAGUGCAGAGGCAAACGCAUUCAGUGUCCUUCAACAUAUUCUUGGGGCAGGGCCUCUUGUUAAGAGAGGAAGCAGAGUUACCAGUAAGCUUACCCAGGCCAUUGCAAAGGCAUCUUCCUCGCCGUUUGAUGCAGCAGCAUUUAAUGUGAAUUAUGCCGAUUCUGGGCUCUUUGGGAUUUAUACCAUUUCUCAGGCUUCUGCUGCUGGAGAGGUAAUCAAAGCUGCGGUAGGCCAGGCGAAGGCUAUUUCCCAGGGUGGACUGACUGAUGCAGAAGUCACAAGAGCCAAAAACCAGCUGAAGGCUGCUUUCUUGAUGUCUGUUGAGUCUUCAGAAGGUUUGCUUGAUGAAAUUGGCUCCCAGGCCCUCGCCUCUGGGACGUAUGCCUCGCCAGCCUCUGUCGUUGAGAAGAUCGAUUCUGUGACCACCGCCGACAUUGUGAAUGCUGCAAAGAAAUUUGCUAGUGGAAAGAAGUCAAUGGCAGUCAGCGGGGACUUGGCACAUACUCCUUUUGUUGAUGAGUUGUAAGAAUUAAAUCAGGGGAACAACUUCAAAACAAACUCGGUUCUAAGGCAGUGGCAUUGACACCUAGGAUCAUCUUGCAUUAUUAUUUAUAAGUUCCUAGUGCUUUGGGUCUAUCAGUGUGCACAGAUGGAAUAAAGUUCAGAACUCAUGAUCUUACAGGA